AGCUCGUGCCAGUCCAGUGGGUGGCGGGAGAAGCAACUGGUACAGUAGGUUGAAGCUAACCGCCAUUAAAUCUUACCCUAAACCUUAAACCUUCCUCAAAUAUAGUCAAUAUUCUGUGGGCAGCCAGUUAAACGUUGCCUUCCCACCCAUUAAUUCAGAACGUGGUGUCAAUGCCACCUUUAGCCGGAUUCUAUAGAUUCAGUUUCCUGUGUACAGGACUGAUGUUGUGGAGCAGUAAAGGGUCAGUGGGAACAUUUACGACCUCCCUCAUACAGGUCAGUCUUUUGGCUUCACACGACUCCAUCCUCUGCAGAGAUGUUUGUGUGCCUGAUUUCCGGCCUUAUUCCUCUGAGGGAGUCAGAGAAUGGCCGCUCCACCCCCCCCCCCCCCCCCCUUCCUCCUUCCCAUCCUGCCAAAGGAGCCGGUUCAAAGGCUUCCUGACAUGUGGCCACGACAGGCACUGCUGCAGGGUGAAUGGAAAGAUGGAUGGACCUGUGGACCCGGCUGACUGAGACGUGAUGUGGAAAACAACAUUCAGUUUCCUGUGUGUGACACGCGUGUUUACAGAGUCAACAGACAACAAUGUCAUAUUCAGUGUAAAUGCAAACAAAGGUCUAUGCCGCUUGGAAAGGCUGUUAACUUUUAUGGCAUCAUAAAUACUUUAUGGAUUUAUUAUUGAUUUAAUUACGUAUUUAAGUAUUAAGAACGUUAAACUGGCUGCUUCAUUGACGGGCAGCAGAGGGUGGACUGGGAUAUUGAGGGGGCUCCGGGAAAUUGCCCACCAGGGCGGAGCGUGCACGUUGAACGGAGCGUGCACGUCCUUUUACGCGUGUCCCGGUUUGGCCCGUCUGCUGCCUGUCGAGGACAUGACGCAAGAACGCAUAGUGAUUAAAGCUUUGAAUUAGUUCUGUAAUGCGCGGAGCCGCGUCAAACGGACGCAGCGAGGCAGAACGCGACCGGAAACGGAGUUAGUUUGCCUUCAAAAUAAGACGAAGGUGUCGUUUUCCUCAAAGUUCAAAGUACUCCGGUUAUAAGCUAAUAAUUACUUACCAUUCAUUGGAAUCAUAACAAUGAAUGUUAAUGUUAGUCAGUUUUUGCAUGUACCAGAUAAGAUUUAGAAUCACAUAGCUUGCUGUCUAUCAUGUUGUGCAGCAUUGGACCAUCAUGCAAUUACAUACAUACUGUACUAACUCACAAGUAUUCUACAUCAUCCUCACCAUUAUUUAGUUUAUGUGUUUUUGUUGCUGUACAGUACACUACUUUCUAGGCUGUAGAAGAAGUAACGUCUUUGGUGAUGUGAAUUCAGACUAAAGGAAAAACGUCUGCUUUAGCUAUUACAAACAGCUUCGAGGCUACUUCCUGUUCCAUAUACAGUAUAGCGAACAUUUAGGCCGUCAUUUAAUCUGCCAUUACGGCGCCGCAGACAUUAUACGUGACCUCUUUUUGCUGUUACAUCACAACGUCUGGGUUUUACUUUGACACUCGCGAGCGGAAGCGGCGACGUCGUCGCGCGCGCAGCUUGACGCUGGUACCUGUCAAGCUGUCCGCCGUCUGCCGGCGCUCGCCCACUAUGCCGGCUUCGUUCAGCCUCGCAGUGCUCCGCGCCGACGCCGGGGUCCCAGCGUUCAGCCCCGAAGCGCACGUCGGACCUCGCGGCGACCGGAAGGCGCCUUUGAGCGCGACCGCGUUUUAGAGGACUCAUCGCCGGCGCACGGAGCGACUCUCUCGCCGCCCCCGGAGACCUGAUUGUUGUGCGCCGCGGAACGGGCGCUGGAUGAAGUGGUGGCCGGACUGUGCGCAGGCUGGACGGCGUGAACCGGGGAAGCGGCCGUAGCCUGAUACGGCGCCCACGGCCAGCAUGUCCUACAUACCAGGCAGCUUGAAGGACGCAUCUCCAGGACAUGCCUGGUGUAAAGCGUACAUCAGACCGCCGCUGACGCGCUGUUCAACCUUGGACCGCAGGAAUAAGUGACCUUCAUUUUAUUUGCUGCUGCAGAACUAUGCAUAACAAAUCCGUCCGUAUAGAUCACGUCCUAUGCAAAACAGGGGAGCAGGAUCCAAAGCGCUGCACGCUGCUCUACUGGAAGUUUUGUGCUUCCUUUGAAACCUUGUGUGGUCAAAGAGGAAACCCCAAUGAUAUAUUAACCAAGCAGGUGGCCUCUUGGUGCUGCUCUCCAUCUGCCAGUGUCUCUCAUUACGCUGGACUACGCACUCGUUCUGCCCCUGGGUUUUGCCCUGCAGGCCCCGGCGGGGCCGGGAUCAAGAGUCCACAGCCUCCACGGACCUUAUCCGCUCGUAAACGGCUGACCCCGUGUAAGUGAUCGCUAAUUCUGCUGAGAUCGGCGAUAAAGUCGGCAGCCGAGCGACUUGGAGAGGGGAAGCUGGGAAAUGCCAGAUCUGCACAGACUUCUUGGACUUUGAGCAACGCAACCACUUUCCAUUAUGCUUCUGAACUGUGGCCAGACGUUGCCUCUGCUGAGGCAUACGGACGUGCCGCCUCGGGUCAAAGAGAACUUCAUCCUGACGGGCUACCGCUUUCCCAACUACACCCUAAAGGACUGCUUGCUGUCAGCCUUCAGACCCACCAAUGAAACAGGCAACUUCUGGACCCACUUCCUUCCAGUUUUCGUUUUUUUGUACUACUUCGUGGAAGUGUUCGGGUGGGAAGGCGCUCCGCCUCGUGAUGCCCCGUUCUUCUAUCCACUGUGGACCUACUUCAUUGGGGUGUUCUGCCUGCUCAUGGCUAGCAGCAUGGCCCACCUGCUCAACUCCAUGUCUCUGGUGGUGAGGGAAGUCUGCUUCUUUGUGGAUUAUGGUACUAUCAGUGCCUACACGGUUGGGUCUUCGUUAGCGUACUACUACUACAUCCACCCUCGGGCGGGAAUAGCGCACACAGGGGAACACAAUGGGUCCAUUAAGGACUGGAAACAUGGGCCUGCAGCUGAUCCGGUGUCAUCCUAUGCAAUCCCAGAAUUCAGCAAGUUCUUUGAGACCUUCUACAUCCCCAGCACGUGUGUUGUAGCCAUCAUUUGUGUCUUAUCCUGCUGCAACACUCGUCAGAAGUGGCGGCAGCAUCGCUACAUCAUCCGAACCCUGGUUUUCCUCCUCCCGUUCCUCAUCUCUUCCACGCCCGUCUUCUACCGCCUCCUAACCAGAUCGCCCUAUUCCACCGCCUCGUCCGCCUUCGCUGCGUCCGCCGCCAUGUCCACCUUCUUCUAUCGCCACUGCUUCUGGCUGGUGGUGUCGGCGGUCUUCAACAUCAGCAAGCUGCCCGAGCGACUGGCCCCGGGCCGCUUCGACAUCUGGGGCCACAGCCACCAGUGGUUCCACUGCUGCACGUUCUUGUCCAUCCUCGACGAGCUUCACAUGAUCAAGACCGAGGUGAGGGCCAUCCUGCUCAGCUCGGCUCUGCUCCUGCCCCCUGCCGCCCUCCCCCGCCUACCUGGACCCACCGUGGCCUCCACCUACGGGGUGAUGCUCCUCCUCCAGACGACCAUCGUGUCCAUCAUCAUGUGGUUCUCGUGGUGCGCCAGCUGCAUCUACGGACCCCAGAAGGAGCAGCUAGCGAAGGAACACCCCAAAAAAUACCUGAAGUGUCACUGAUCGUCUGUUUGCAUCUUGACCGCAGUUGAGUUUUGCACAUGCAUAUAUAGAGCCAUACCACAAAGAGAAGCGCACAAAUAUAACAAUAUUUAAUCUCUCACAAAUAUUUUACAGCAUUUUAUUUUUCAAGCUUUGUGGGAGAAAGUGGGGAUGACAGGUGAUGAAAGGGUUUAAUUCUGAGCUCACCUCAGGGUUGCACUGCUUGAGUAGAUACUGCGAGACCUUGACAGUUCUUUUCCCUGAGCUGCUCCUGCAUGUUCCAACAGGAUGUCUGAGCAACAGGGAUAGUAACUACCUCUAGGGGCUGUACAACUGAGGACAGAGGAAGCGUGUCGGUACUCAGGAGAACAUGUCGGGUUAUUCAGCCUUAAGGCCACGAUGACCAUUUAGAGAAGUCAGUGACGUGGGUUUGAUGCUGUCAGGGCCUUCCUCCUUUUGCAUUUCCCCUUCUUUUGACUUUACAUGGUAUCAUUCUGCUGCCGCUUUGAUAAAACCAAUUGUCUCACAUUUGUUAUUUUUAAUUUGUUAACCACAUUUUUUUCUGUAACUUCCACAAACACUCACACAGAGUCUCAUUUCCUCUUCCUCUUCUAAACGAUCCUAGCAGGAGGAAGUGUGGUUACAGAAAAGCACUUUGAGGGGGAUGGUCACUCCCUCCCUGAUAAUAAGAAGCCAUGCUCGCUUUGAAACCUUAAAGGACAUUACAUUUGUAUAACAUAUAUAGAUGUCCUGCUUACAUGUUUUGUUUAUCAGAAUGUUGAGAUAUGAAAAUGUAUUUCAUAGCUGUAUUCAUUACCUGUGUAUUGUUUUUUGUGACACUGAUGACUAGUUUCCCAUAUAGAACAUCCACAAGUGCUGUAUUUCUGACUGAAUGUGACCUAGUUCUGUUUUUUUUUAUUGUCAGUUUGUUGUCAAGUUGAUUUUUAGUUUAAAAAAGUAAAUAUGUGAGGAGCCUCUCACAGUGAAAGCCAUAGUUUGAAAUGAUGCUAGAUGACUUAAUGGCAAUAUUAUAGUUGUACUACAUUAUCUGGGUAGAUUUGCACUGGACAAAUAGAUCAGGUCAAGGUCCUCUAUUUUGUACAUUUUAUGUUAUCAUUAACUUUGAGUUGCAGAACUAUUUGUUGCGCCAGGAAAAUUGAAAAAAGUGUAAUUAUUUCUGUUCCAUUGUCGAAAACACUUUCCGAACUUUCAGUCACCUCCUACAAGUCCCUCCAACAAAAUUGAUUUAAACUUAGAUGAUCGGCCAAACGUCCUUUCACAAUUUGCAAAGCUAAAUUUGACAGCCAACUGUAGCUUUUUUAUGAAACAUAUUUGUCUGAGCCUGUGUUAUUUACUUUAGAUUUCCAUGGAGCGUGUGUUCAUGUGCAGUAGUUCUGCAAUUAUCAGCCAGCAGAAUACAAAACAAAACUAUAUAUAUUAUCCAGCGCGUUGGAUAAUAGUACAAAAAAAUGAGAAUUCUUACAGUCACAGAAUGAACAGAAUGAACCUCUGCUCUGCCUGUCUUCAUAAAUGGUCUCUGUCCAAUAUUGUGGCGUGUUUUAAAUGAGAUGAUUCAGAGGAGAAAGGUGAAAGAAAGACAGUGUAGUGAAUGUGUUAAGUUAGCCUGCUACGCUAACGGCUGCUUGCUUCUGAGCCUGUUAUCCGUCAUGGAACAGGAGGAAGCAGGACUUUAGUCGGGCAUUAUAAAAAUCAUUCCUUCGCUUUAAAUUGAUUUGCACACUGUACAGGACCACACUGGCCUCUAGAAGAGAAUGUGUGUUAUCUUUGUGUUUUCUGGUUUUACUGCCGUGUUCCUGUUGAUUUUGUCAUGACACGGCCUUUUACAGGAGUUCGUCUGAAAGUGAAGACUGUUGCUCACGCGUCACAUUCACGUUUGUCACGUUUCUCUACCCAUAUCUGGGCAUGUACUUGUGUCUCAAUGCAUUCACUUGCACAGGAAAUGCUGAUAAAGCUAUGCCACUUAUUACUGUAUGACCCUGGACUGAGUACACGAGGACCGUAAUCAUGCUCUUAUGGUGCACUUUAAAUCUUCUUCAGAGCUUUUCGAACUGUUCCUUUAAGGGCCAACCCUGCAGUACUGUAUUAUUUAAACACAUUUCAGGUGUACGUAGUACUUUCUAAGGAAUCAUCAGAUACGUCCAUCAGCUGUGUCCAGUGGUGAAACAAUGCUAGGUUCAAUACAGUGCUUGUGUCCCUUUGCCCUCUCUAGACUGUGUUUACACAGUGUGAAUGUUAGACUUGCAGGCCACUGUGUCCUACCUAGUUCAGUACUCAGGGGUGGCUGUAGAAUGACAUUAUUAGACUAUUUACACACAUGCUUACAUGAUGAUUUACUAGAGGAGGAUGUUGCAUAUCCAGUAGACCCCUGUGUCUGAGUGAAACCGUCCUCUAAUACUUUAACUGUAUAAAAUAGCACUCAUAAUGUAAAUUGUUUGAGUCUUACUGAAUAAAAUAUCUAGAGAA